UUAGAGAUGAAGUGUUUCAGCUCUUAUCAGGUGGUAUCUCUGUGUGACCUGGACUCAUUUAUCUUAAGCUUUGACCUUGUUGUUAAUAACCAACCAGUGUUCACUCACUUCCUUGUUUUCCUUCCACAAAGAAGGCAAAGGAUUCCGACCAAAGCACAAGAUGGAGACCGUUGAAAGGUGGAGGUCAAGCUGGAAGUUCCCAACCACCCUCCUGUGCUUCUAUGGAUUUUUCAGCACAGUGAAACCACUGGAACCUUUCCUCUUUGCAUACCUUACAGGGCCGGACAAGAACCUAACAGCAGAGCAGGUCAAUAACCAAAUUCUGCCUGUCUGGACCUACUCCUACCUGUCAGCACUAGUGCCGGUGUUCUUGCUGACUGACUGGCUGCGAUACAAGCCUGUUGUGAUGUCCCAGGGAGUUGCACUCUUCCUCACCACUGCCCUGCUUCUGUGGACAAAGACGACAGCAGCCAUGCAGGCCAUGCAGUUCUUCUAUGGGGUGGUGACUGCCAGUGAUGUGGCCUACUUCUCCUACAUCUACAGUGUAAUAGAUCACAGGAGAUACCGGAAGGCCACAUCUUACUGCCGUAGUGUUCAACUGUUGGGCUAUACAGUGGGCUCUGUGCUGGGUCAGCUCCUUGUCAGCUUCGACCUGAUGUCCUACAACAACAUCUUGGUGAUGACUCUGGUUCUGACCGCCGUUGCUCUUUUUGUCUCCUGCCUCCUGCCAAUGCCACAGAGGAGCAUGUUCUUUCACCGCAGACAGACGCCAGUGGUGAGAAUGAAAACCGACGGCGAUGGGACAGCAGAGGACAACCCAACGGUAUCCACAAUAACUGUAAACGACACAAAAACAACAUUGGAGGAAAGCUGUGAACCAGAAAAAGAGGAUGUUGGAGACAGAAAUAAAACAGGAUCUGGACCCAAAGAAUCUGCAGAGUUUGAAAGCUGUUCCUCUGUUCUCCUGCAGCUGUGGAGGAACUUCUGUGACUGUUACACCUCCAGAAAGCUGCUGUACUGGUCAGCGUGGUGGGCCUUGGCCACCUGUGGUUAUAACCUGACGGUCAAUUACGUACAAGUGCUGUGGGAGCACGUUCAGCCAUCCCAGAACUUCAGCAUCUACAACGGUGGUGUGGAGGCCGUGUCAAACCUGAUGAGUGCAGCCACAGCCUAUGGAAUCGGCUUCACUCAGGUCAGAUGGGAGACGUGGGGGGAGCUGGCUCUGGGUGGAUUCUCUGGGCUUGGAGCAGCUGCCCUUUUCCUCAUGACCUUCAGCAGUAACAUAUGGCUCUGCUACGCUGCCUACAUCGUUUUCAAGAGCCUGUACAUGCUGCUGAUUACAAUCGCAACGUUCCAGGUUGCAGCUGGCCUGUCAAUGGAAAGGUAUGCACUGAUGUUUGGAACAAACAGUUUUGGAGGUCUGGCUCUACAAACCAUCAUCACAGCUGUGGUUGUGGACAGUAGAGGACUGGGUUUGGCCAUCAUUCCUCAGUUCACCAUAUAUUCCAGCUACUACGCAACCAUUGCGUUUGUGUUUUCACUCCGGGGCCUGUUUGUCAUUUGGAGAGAAAAAAAAAAAGUAUCAAAUCAUGACAUUAACCCAGCAGUGACCUCCUGACCUUUAGGUCCUCAGCCAUAAGUCAACACACAACAUAAAGUACUCAUUACCAACUGCCACACCUUGAUUAUAGUUCUUUCCUUUAUACAAAAUAAAUGUACAAGAUUCCACACAACCGUAUAAAUGAGUACUUUGGUCAUUUCUUAAAAUUCAUUUUAAUAUAUACUGUAUAUAUUUACACAUUAACUUAAAAUGAUCAUACCCGAUGCAAGUGUUUUUUUUUUCCCAGUUCAUUUGUUCUGGUUACAAUAAUGUAAAAUGUGUUGCAGAAACCCAGAGAGCUGAGCGUGUGUCAGCAGGGCAGGAAGGAUGGCAGAGAAAUGCCUCUCAUUCUGAAAUGUUGACCUGCAGCACAAAUAAAAAGCUUCUCUUUACAAAUGUGAUCACUGG